AUGAAAUCUUCUGUCACCGCCAUAAACCUCGGAGACAGGUCUAAGAAACAAGUGCCGCAAGCCCAGGUCCCAAAAAAUGGCAUCCUCUCUCAGUACUUCAUUGGGUUGAUGUUUCCUGCACUCAUUCAUAAAAGUACUCAUCUGAAAGGUGGGAUAUUUGGAGUUCCACUCUUCCAUAAGAGAGAGAGCCAAUUCUCCAUCAGAAUACCACAGAGCUUUUCCUUCCAACCAGCUCAUGUUGACACGUACAGUUUGAGUAGACGCAGGAAAAUCGAUUCCCAGGAAAAAGGUAGGAGGUAUCGAAAGAUGUCAACUCAAAGCAUGGAAAAACUGGACAGUGAUGUGUCCAUCUUAGAUUACUUACCAGAAAUGCCUCUUUCAACUUCAUAUGAAGCAGCCAUGGAAGCUCUUUCUUCACUUAUUAGACAACAAAAACGCGGAAAUAAGAAAACAGUUGGUGGUAAAUAUGGAAAAUUGGACAGGAUGCAGAUGUAUCUGAAGGUAGUAGGAAUUGAAAUGCUUCUUGAGAUACUAGACUUGGAAGAGCAUAUGGCUGGGCUCAAAAUUAUCCAUGUCGCUGGAACUAAAGGGAAGGGUUCAACAUGCACAUUCUGUGAGGCUAUUUUAAGGGAAUUUGGUUUUCGAACCGGGCUGUUUACUUCCCCUCACCUAAUUGAUGUUAGAGAAAGAUUCCGGAUAAAUGGUUUGAUGCAUAUGGCUGCUAAGUCAGUCAGCUUGGGUGAAGGAUUUCUCUUCCUAGGAGGAGGUGCCAUGGUAGAUGUUUCUAUCAUUGAAGUUGGUCUUGGAGGAAAAAAAGAUUCAACAAAUGUGAUUGAAGAUCCCAUUGUCUGUGGCAUUACUUCUUUGGGAAUGGAUCAUACAGAAACACUGGGCAACACCAUUGAACAGAUUGCUUCUCACAAGGCUGGAAUUUUCAAGCAUCAAAUUCCUGCCUUUACGGUGCCUCAAGUUUCUGAAGCAAUGGAUGUUCUUCAGGAGAAUGCCCGAGAACUGAUGGUCCCCCUGAAAGUAGUGGAACCUAUUGAUUCAAAAGAUUUGAAUGGACUAAAGCUUGGUUUGUCUGGUGAUCAUCAGUUCUCUAACGCUGGCCUUGCUGUUUCCCUUUGCAAAUGUUGGCUUCAAAGAACAGGAAACAGGGAGAAGCUAUUCCAAAAUGAUAGCGGGGAGGCUAAUUUGCCGGAUGCAUUUCUUAGAGGUCUUUCUACGGCACAUAUUUCUGGAAGGGCUCAAAUUGUUUAUGAUUCUUCUUCAAGCUCCUAUAUUUCAUCAGAAGUAGCUGAAACUUCAGGCGAACUCAUUUUCUACUUGGAUGGAGCUCACAGUCCAGAGAGCAUGGAGGUUUGUGCCAAAUGGUUUUCUAGUGCCGUUAGAGGAAAGAACCAAUCACCAUCUUUAGUUUCAUCUUCUUCACAUGACAAUGAAAGUAUAAACAAAAAGCUGGGAAAUGGUUACAAGCUGCCUGAGAAACGCAACAUUCAAGAAUUCAAUAAAAUAUCGAAGAAGAUUCUUUUAUUUAACUGCAUGAAUGUUAGAGAUCCUCAGAUUUUGCUUCCACGGCUUGUGAGUACAUGUGCUUCCUCAGGUACUUUCUUCUCAAAGGCCAUUUUUGUCCCAAGUAUCUCAACAUAUAACAAGGUUACUUCUGGUACCUCAGUCAUUCCAUCUGAUAUCUCUAACAAGGACUUGUCAUGGCAAUUUAGCCUGCAGAGACACUGGGAGAAGAUUGUCCACGGGAUAGACACUGAUGACCAGAGAAAGGAGUAUGGAAGGAAAAUCAAUAAAGAAUGGAUAUAUACAGAUUCUUUACUUGAAAAGAGCAUCAAGAUGGCUGGUGUGGGGACCUUACCGCCUCGUGAAUUCCUUUAUGAGGAUGCUUCUAAUUGCAGUUCUGCAGACGGGCAUUUGGCUUGCAGUGCUGUAAUUCCUUCAUUACCAUUGACAAUAAAAUGGUUGAGGGAUUGUCUUAGAGAGAAUCCUUCCCUAAGGCUUCAGGUUCUUGUCACUGGAUCGUUGCAUCUGGUUGGAGAUGUACUCAAGCUAAUAAGGAGAUGA